AUGAGGAUAUUUAGGAAGUAUUGUAGAAAGCCGGGUCUACCUCUUCAACAAUUCGUCAAUAGAAUGGCGGAGAUUCAGGCACACGGAGAAAAUAGGACGAGGGUCGUUCCGUCUUCUGAUAUUGAAAUAUCUGUGGCUCUUGGUUGCGAUACUGAUAUUCUCCAGUAUCGUAGGAUACAAUUUAAUGGCAUGUCCUUCACUAUUGAUGCACGCGAUAAUUGCUACAUCUUGCGCGAUGGUGCCAUAUAUAUUCUGUCCUCCAUUGCCGAGCAUAGAAAUACAUUCCGUUUAGGUGUUCAAAAUUCACUGAGGUCGGUGAUAUUUUUGAUAUCGGAAUAAAAUCCUCUGCUGUAGAUUCGUAUAAAUGUAGAUAUUUGAGCCCCGAGUCCACAUGAUAUU